GUAGCCUGGCGGGGGAUGAUGGGAGCUACAUCCCUCCCUCCCUCCCAGUCCACUGGGGUGCCUCUGGCCAAGCGCAGUCGCCUCCUCCUCCUCCUGGGUUUCUCCACUUCAGGAAUGGCGAAGCAAGGGGGCUGUGUGUGUCUCUUGCCAAGAGUCCCAGGUGGAAGAGAGAGAGCAAGAAGGAGCAAGUGGGGUUGCAAAGAGGCAGCACCAGCCGGCCAUAGGGCAGGAAAGCCAGGCCGGGCCGGGCCAGGCCCUCCAGAAACCGCCUUCAGGAGGAGGAGGAGGAGGAAGGGGGCCUGGAGCCAGCUGGCAUGCCUCCCAUUCUGCCCCCAGCCCCCGAACGGCCGCCCCACAACUGCCCCAAUUUUCCUGGGAUGGUAGUAGCUCUUGAUCCUCAGCCCUUAAUCACACAGUCAGCAGCCCUCCAAUUGCCCCAGUUUCUCCCCAGCGCACCUUCCCCCUUCGUCCUCACCUUACUCCAGCUGCCCCCAUUUGCUUUCCUUCCUUGUUGACGCCUUUUGCCAUUUUCGCCCCCUCCGGCCACACAUGUCCACCAGGUUUUCUGCUGUGAAAUGUUGACAGGAAUGUGGCCCUUCAGACCCUGCUUAGCAUUUUGAAGCCCCCUCUGUUUGUGUAUACACUUAUGUGCAAAUGCAUGCAAGUGCCCAUUCCACUUUGAGAUCAGCAAGAGGACUUGGCUCCAGAGAUAGCCUGGUGGGCUUGCUGGCAGGAAGACCCCUCUUGUGGUGGUCUUCAUGGCACCUGGCAAGGGGUGCUCUCCCCCUCCCCACAUUUGUCCCCAGCAGCCUCUCCUCUGCUCUCUCCAGCCCCUCGUCCAUCUCCAGACCAUGGAAGCAGAGUGACCACUGCAAGGGGAGCUGACGGUUGGAUGUUUGGGGCCAGUUGCAGGGCUGUUGUGAAGCUCAUGCUUUGGCCCCUGCUCUGCCCUAGAAGAUGACCCCUGGUUCUCUGCCAUAGCAAGGGUUGGCUGGGAAGGAGCCAGCUGGGCAGGUGACCGACCGGGCAGGUGCCAGGGCAGCACUCUGAGCAGCAGGCAGAGUGAAGGCACACAACCUGUAUGGCUGAGGAGGGAGAGGCCUGAGGUGGUGGACUCACCUUCAUUGGAGGCCUAGAGGCUGGAUGCCCCUGGCAGGAAUCCCUGAGUGAAGGGUCUCCUGCACCAUCGCUACCGAUGGGCUGGACUAAAUGGCCCUGAGGCGCCUUCCAGUGCUACAGUUCCCAGAUGAAAGGCCCACUGAUCCCAGAUCCUUCCAUCCCAAACCUGUCUUCCUUCCUUCAGGUGGCCCAAUCCCAGCCGGCACCUUCCUCUUGCUCUCAGCUGAAGGGCUUCUUGCUUGACUCUCCACAGUCUUAAUAGCCUCUCCCCAGCUCCAUGGUCCAUUUUUAAUAGUUACUGUGGGAGGGGGGAUUGCACCUGGGUUAUAGGGAUAUCUGGAGCUCCAGGCAGGCCUACCCCCACUUGCUGGGAAGCUGCUUCUAGAUGGGCAGAGAGGGGCUCCACCCUUCCUGUCAGAGAGUCCUGGGUUCAUGUCUUGCCAAGGCAUCAGCCAGCAGGAGGGGGGUGGGCAAGCGGCUCUGGAGGGGCCACCCAUAGAAUCAUAGAGUUGGAAGAGGUCCCCAGGGCCACCCCUCCAACCCCCAUCUGCCAUGCAGCAACACACAAUCAAAAGAAGGAGAAUCCACUUCAAGGGAGUGUUUUCCACUGUUGAGCAGGUCCCACUGUCAGGAAGUUCUUAAUGUUGAGGUGGAACCUCUUUUCCAUCUGCCUGCCCAGCCCAGGACUGCUGGCCUCCUUCCACUGCAGCUGCAGGAGGAAGAGGAGGAAGGGCAGACGGGGGUGUUGCAGUUGUAGCUUUGUGUUGCUGCUGCUCCUGCCAUUACCCCACUAAUCCUCCUUCCUCUUCCUGCAGCCUCCCUCUUAUCGGUGGAGCCAAGGCAGAGGCUGCGAGUGCCUUCAGUGCUUGCCAAGAAGGGAGAGGGAGAGCAGAUGCACAAAACUCCCCCAUCACUUGACCAAGUCAGCUGGGCCACAUGACAAACAGCUGAAAGUCAUUAGGGGGCAGCUGGAGCCUGGGAGCUGCCUCAGGGCCUGGAGGGUGCCGACCCACUGACCGCUUGGGGCUGAUGGCCUGUGCCCUGCCCCAGAGACCCACGGCUGCUGCCUUCCUCCCCACAUCCUUCCUCUUCUUUGCCUCUUGGGAAGCCUAGAUCUGUAGAUCUGGCCGGGGAACGCCAACCUUGCAGCUUCUGUCCUUCCAGAAGGCUGUUGUUGAAGUUCUCACUAUGUCUGAUGGGGACUACGAUUACCUCAUCAAAUUCUUAGCCCUCGGAGACUCUGGCGUCGGGAAGACCAGUUUCCUUUACCAGUACACCGAUGGCAAAUUCAAUUCCAAAUUCAUAACUACAGUGGGCAUCGACUUCAGAGAAAAGAGGGUGGUGUAUCGAUCCAAUGGGCCGGAUGGCGUGAGCAGCCGUGGGCAGAGGAUACAUCUGCAGCUGUGGGACACAGCUGGGCAGGAAAGGUUUCGCAGCCUGACCACUGCCUUCUUCAGGGACGCCAUGGGCUUCCUCCUCCUCUUCGACCUGACCAACGAGCAAAGCUUCCUCAAUGUUCGAAACUGGAUAACCCAGCUGCAAAUGCAUGCCUAUUGUGAGAACCCUGAUGUGGUGCUCUGUGGGAACAAAAGUGACCAGGAGGAGCAGCGGGCGGUGAAGGAUGAAGACGCCAAGGCCCUAGCUGAAAAAUACGGGAUCCCGUAUUUUGAGACGAGCGCAGCCAACGGGGCCAAUAUCGGCAAGGCCAUCGAGACACUCUUGGACCUCAUCAUGAAGCGCAUGGAACGGGAGGCCGUUGUUUGCCAGCCCUCCUGGCUCCGUUAUGCCAGGCUCUGUGCCUCUGCCCCUCUCUCUUUGCUCCUGGAGACUCCUGUGCCUUUCCUUGUGAACCUGCAGACCUGUGCUUUGUCCUUUGUGUGUAAUCCAAACAGUCUAGAUCAGUGUAUUUGUUCUUCUGAGAUAACAAGAUGGGGCAGAACCAGGGUUUUUAAACCAGAAGUGCCACCACCCAGGAGCAGCUCCUGAACAUGCUCCUGAAAAGAGUGACACGAGGGCUUUUGCACGGUGGCCAUACGCUCGAGACACGCGCAAAGUGGGGAGGGAGGGAGAGAUGGACGCAGGCUUCUUCCCCUCCCCUCCCAGACUCCCAACCCGCCCCAAUAUGCCUUCAGAGGGGCAUUCCUCACUGCCUUGCCAAAAGGCCUCUGGAGGCUGCAGUUACUGGUGAUGGUCGCCCCAGGCCCCAAAUGCAGAGGGAGCCCAGGGGAAGGGGCAGCAUUUGCCAGGCCAGAGGAAAGAAGGGAGGUCUCCUUGGCCAGAGAAGGCCCUUGACCCUAGCCUCCGCUCCCCUUUGGGGGCCAAUGUCCAAAGGAAGCCCCCCCCAAGGCAAUGAGGGGACUCCCUUUGGCCAUUAUUUCUCUGCAUUUGGUCCUUGAGGUGGAAAAGUACCAUACAUACACACGCACACACACAUAUAUAUAUAUAUAUAUUUGAUAUGCAUAUAGUCUGUAUUUACAAACACAUUCUCUGUCUCUGUCAUGGAAAGAUGUUUCCAUAUUAAAGAUUAAUUCCAGUGAGAGAAAUGGAUUUGAAUCAAACACAUAGAAUUUAGCAAAAUAGGUAGAAACACAUGACUAGAGUAGAAAAGAUUAUAUAAUCAUAUGCUAUAAUUAGAUUACAUAUAUAGAUAGUGUAGAACCACAUAUAUACUACUAUAAUCAAUAUAUCUAAUGGGAUUGAAUAAAGGUCUGCUAAGGCCCUUUUACUGAAGCAGAAUUUUAUAAAAAUAUAAGUUAGUAACAGAAAUAGUUUUUAGAUAAGCUUUUUAUAUUAUGCUCACCAGUAAGAAGACUCCAGACUAGGUCCAUGGUUCAGAUGAUUUUUAAUGUGUGCACUAACGCAGGGGAACAAAGCAGGGAAUAGUCCUAGAUAUAGGGUUGCCAUAUCCCGCCUGUGGGUGGGACUUUCCUGGUUUUGCGCGAGUCCGCACGGUCCCGCCCCGGUUUGCCCCCGCCCCCGGGAUUUCCCCUGCUCCUCUGCCGCCGCCGCAGCGAGGCCAGGGCCCAGGAGGGAAAGACUCCCCUCAGCGAGGCUCCUAUUCAAAUGUAGGACACAAAAAAAUGUGUCCUACAUCUGAAAAUUUUGUCCUACGUUUGUCCUGGUUUGGAGGUCCUGACGUAUGGCAACCCUAGCUAGAUAACACUGAGUUUGGCACUCCAACAAUCAGACUUUCCCUGUCAGUCCAAAGGAAGGCUCCUUUGCUCUCUCAAGGAUUUUGGGACCUUGAGCAUCUUUGACUCCCGUCUGCAUUCCAUCAUUUACAAAAAGGCCUCCUUCUACCAAACAUUAAUGCCAAAGCUUGCUUACUAUUGUCAUUGUUAUUGUAUGGACUGUGCCUUACUGUUUAGACAGUACAUUUCCUUGACCCUUACAUUAAUAUUUUUGGCUAUAUUAAGACUAUUCAAAUGACUAGUAUACUGUUUAUUCUCAGUAAUUGACAAGAAUAUUUUUUUAUAAAAGGGUGACUUAAAGGUCACAAAAAUUUCUAACUGAGGAUGGGGGGUGAUGGAUAUAAGAACACACCUAUGAAUCUAUAAUGACUAAUUUAAACGGUCAUGAGAUGUAUGAUAUGGGUGGUGAUGUUACAUACAUGCAAAGGAGGUCUUAAGAUCACGUGUUUUGAUCUGGCCAAUGAAGAAUAGGAUGAUACAAAAUGAUGAGAUAAAGAACUGUAUAAAUAAGACGCAAAAUCUUUGUAAACUUGUGCUCUCUCUCACUUUGCUUAUUUUAGCGGAUUGAUUGAUUGCACCCUAUUCUGCAGAACUGAUGAUUUUGUUCAAAUAAAUAUGGCUUAUUGUGCUUUCAUUUGA